UUUUUGGUCAUGUCGGUUGACUGGAAACAAGAACAAGAGGAUGAGAUAACAGUUCUUGAAUCUAUCUUUGGUGCUGACUUUAGUCGACAACCGAAAGGGAACCCCUGUCGUUUGCCUGAUCAUGAGGAACAAGUGCAGGAAUUACCAGACGAGCUCAAUACGCUUCAGGUGCUGGUUCACGUUAAGUUGCCUAGACAAAAGAUAACCUUGGAGGCUUGGAUGCCUGUAGAUGAAGAUGACUCAUCUCAUGACUUUGAGGCUCCCGUUGCUAAGGCAGAGUUCUCUUCUAUUGCAGCGUCUAGACAGCCUGAGUACAGACGAUCUGAAUCUGGUCAACGUAUUUUGGCUACUGUUACUCUUGAGUAUCUACCCCCUCUUUUGCUGGAGUGCACUCUUCCUGUGGAUUACCCGAUGUCAUCAUCACCUAUUUUUACUCUCUCUUGUUCGUGGUUAGGUGCAAGUCAGUUAUCUCUUUUGUGCACAGAGCUGGAUCGAUUUUGGGAAACUUCACUGGGAUGCCCGGUUAUAUUCUCAUGGGUCGACUGGUUGCAAAACAAUGUUUCUAGUCAUUUGUCUCUCACUGAUAUGAUCGUAUUAGCUCCAUAUCAUUUUAACAGGUCUGAGGUUCGAAGAGACCCCCGGGCAAUCCCAGAAUGUCAUGACAUUGAGGCAACUCUUAUGAAUCUCUUAUGUUAUAACUUUGAACAAAAUGAAUUGGCUUUUUGUCGUUCUCAUCAUGUUUGUGGAGUCUGCUUGGAUGAGCAGCCGGGCAUUGAGUUUUUUCGUGUUGUGGGGUGUGGCCAUUUAGUAUGUUUUAUGUGCAUGGAGAGCUACUGCCGUCUAUUUGUUGAAGAAGGAUCAGUUCUUCGUCUUAAAUGUCCUGAAUCAGAAUGUGACCAGCCAUUGCCUCCCGAUGCUAUCAGAAGUGUGUUGGGCAAUAGAGAAUACGAACGCUGGGAACGGCUGGUUUUCCAAAAGAGUCUGGAUAUUAUGGAAGAUGUGGAGUACUGCCCGCGUUGUCAAUUGCCAGUUAUACGAGAUGAUUUGCAAAUGAACCACGCUCUCUGUGCACACUGUUUCUACUCAUUCUGCAUUGAAUGUCGAGAGAGCUGGCAUCCAGACCAAUGCCUCAGUGAUGAAGAGAGACUUGCUGCAAAGUUGAAAGCAUCGGCUGCCAAAAAUGCAAUCUCAUCUAAGGAGCAGACUGUGACGCUUACUAGUGCUGAAAGGGAAAGGCUGCACGAAGAGUAUCUCUCAUCUGUUACAUUGAAGAAAGAAGCUCGAAAGUGUCCUGGCUGCAAAACGCAGAUACAGAAAUCAGAAGGAUGCAACAAGAUGAUGUGCACUGUUUGCAAUGCCUACUUCUGCUAUUCUUGUGGCAUACGCAUCAAAGGAUAUGAUCAUUUCUCUAAUUCAAGUUGUACUCUUUUUUCAAUGACUCCCGCCAUUCGUUUGAGAGUGCCAGAACGACAAAGGCCAGAGGCCGCAGUUAGACUCGAAGAACAACUACGUCGUGAUCCUACUGCUCAACAACGUGUACGGGCAUGUCCUCGAUGUAGACAAAGGAAUCUCAAGGAAAGUAGGAAUAAUCAUAUUAAAUGUUGGUCUUGCAAAACCAACUUCUGCUAUGCAUGUCUGAGGACUAUCGAUGGUCUUGUGAGCUCUCACUAUAGCGGCAAAAUGACUUGCCCUCAGCAUUCAGCUGAAUGAUUGGUUGAUGCAUUUUGGCAUGUGUACAGUUGUGGCAAUGUGCUGAGUAGAAUGAAUUGUUGCAGUGGCGAUCAAUUUUGAAAUGUGCUGGAAGAGAAACGA